AUGUCAGAACAAUAAUUUGUUACUUUCCUUACCGUUUUUGUGUCAGAGAUGAAGAAGCUCGAAGAACGUGAGAAGCUCAGGGCAGUUUUUCUGUCCCUUUUCUUUUUCUUAGCAUUUCAAGGUGCUGAAUGUCAACUAGUGGUGUCUCCUGUUGGUCCAGCUGUGCUGAAUGCAUUGAGUGGUAGCAAUGUGUCUCUGGCUCUGGCCUACAGUGGUGCAGCAGACCCAGUAGUCACUUGGUCUAAAGGAAAUUUAAUUGUUGCUACAUGGAUUAUAAACUCCAAUUCUACUCCAGACAUUGCUCCAGACAGCAGGACUGUGCUCAGGAUUGAACCCAAUGGCUCUCUUACUUUUGUAAACGUACCAGUUAGUUUCACUGGCACUUACACCGCGGAACUAACAAAAUCUGGACAGGAAAGAUUUUUCACAACUUUCACUUUGAAGAUAUUUGAAAACAUCCAGAAUGUGAAUCUGAGCACGCGGCCGUCUUCUGUCAUAGAGGGGACUGAUAAUUUCACGUUACAGUACAGCAUGCUUCAAGGAGUAGUGGAGCAACAGACGUGGCGCUUUAACGGCAGAGAGGUGAAAAACAGCUCACGCUAUCUCAAAGCGAGAACCAGCCUUGUGAUCCUCAAACCGAACCGGAGCGAUACCGGAUUGUACACACUGUCACUGACGAACCCCUUUAACAACGUGACAACUCAAAUAAACGUGCCUGUUUUCUAUGGACCUGAUGAACCCAUAGUUGAGGUACAUCCAGCUCUGCCGUUCUAUGAAGCAGGGGGCAGUUUGAACCUUUCCUGUCAGGCUCAGGGCUUCCCACUGCCAACUGUUGAGUGGACGUUCGGUGGUCAAAUCCUUCCUCAUUCUCAACAAGGAGGCUUGACCUUGACAAACGUGCAGACCAGUCAAGGAGGUGUUUAUAAGUGUUCUCUGCUCAACGAGGUGUCCGCAGAGAAGCGAGAAAAGAGCGUGACUUUAAAUGUUUACGAGAGGCCACAGGGGUCCCCGACGUGCUCCGUGCUGUCGGUAAAUGAUAUCACCCUGCUGUAUCAGUGUGGGUGGAGAGGGGGUACUCCACAGGCCCACCUGUCCUUCCCAGUCCUGAGCAACACCAGUACUGGAACAGAAAACCUCAGCCUGACUGUCAACGCUUCAGCCAGUCUCAACAAGAAAACAGUCAUGUGUUUGGCAGACCACCCAGUUGAACAGAACAAAUGCAAUGUUACAGCAAGUGCUCCUAUGAAUUUCCUUCCAUCUGUAGAAACCACUGUUGACCCUGACGGUAAAAUUGUGGUUACAAUUGGCUGCCUCAGUGGAGCGUUCCCUCGGGCUGUGGUGUCGUGGUCCAGAGGGGGUGAGGUUGUCGUCAACGGGACGACAGACCAGAUCAGCAGCAACACAACACAGCUGAUGAUUCGGAAUUACAACCUCAGCAGUUUUCUUGGCAUGCCAAACUUCACUUGUACAUGUCUCAAUCCACUGGGCAGACAGAGAGGGCAGAUCCAGCUGCAAGGACCGUCGAUCUCAGAUUCCAGUUUGUUCCAAAAUCCAAAUGGAACCAUCAUCACGUUGACCUGGGAGGUCCCACCUACAGCUAUUGUUACAGGUUUUGAAAUUCAAAUGAAAGGACCAGCUCUUCUGAGCAAAAGUGGUGUAAGUAGCGACACCAAAAGCAGCCCAGACGGGUACAUUUUCCUUCAGCAAAAACCAGCAUCUGCCAGGAGUGCAGACAUUUUCCCACUUGAUCCCAACUUGACUUAUCAGUUUCGGAUCAUCCCCAAAGCCCGUCUAACCGAGGGACCGCCGUCCAAGAUUCACAGAAUUGGUCCAGGUGGAGGGCUGAGUGGACCUGCCAUCGCUGGCAUCGCAGCUGGAAUCCCAUGCAGCAUUCUCUUCCUGGUGCUGCUGUGUGGUCUUAUUUAUCUUCUUGUCUACUGCAAAAAUAAAAAUCGUCAAACAAGAUAUCCAAUCUCCAGAGCAGUUGAAAAGGCAAAAAACACUCAAAUCCAGCCAAAACCAGCUCCUCGCAUUCUGUCAGGACGACUGAAGUCUCCUCCUGACUACAACAGGUUACACCAGACUCCAUCUGAAAGAUCUGUGGCUCUGCCCACAUUUGUCCCACCAACACCAGUCAGAGUUGCAACAACAGUCUAACAGUUCAAUCUGUGUACGUUUUUUAACGUUUUAAUUUCAUAGAAACAUUUUAUGUAGAUAUGUUUUAUUAUUAUUUUAAGUAUUCAGUGUAAAUAAUUGUCUGUGAUUUAUUUCUCAUAGAAAUCAGUCUAAGUCAUCCCUGAAAAUUUUAUGCUUUAUUUUCUAAAGCUUUUCAUUUGAUGUUUGAACAUAAAGCUUAAAG